AUGCCGCGGUACACCGUGUCCCUGGUUCUGAUCUUGUGGAGCCAGUUCGAAUGGGUUAAAGGGGAAUCAAGGUCAAGGGUCAAGCGCCAGUCGCCCCUUUUCAAGCAUCCGUUUCUCAUCGAAUCCUUGCCUGAAGGUCUGACUUUGGCCGACCUGAGUAAAGGAAAAUCGACUGACGAGCAGGAAGACAAGACGAAGAUCCCAAUCAAACGACAGAAGAUCGUCCCAAGCUCUCGAAGUUUCCGUCGAACGGAUUAUGACGACGAGGAAGGUGACGACGGUGAUGAACACGACAAAGACUUUGAAAAUAAUUUCAUCGACGUCAUCACACCGAGGCCCUCGUCCAAGGACAGGCCUAGGCCAGCCUUUAAGCCCCGUCCCAUCCAGAAACAGCCGGUGGCCAGAGCUGCGGAACCUGCCAAACCUUUCGGUUGGCCAUUUCUCUCCGAUUUUAAUUCCGAUACGAGCCUCUCGGCCAUCUUGUCCAGUCUAGAAGCCCGAGAGAAGAAGACGACGACGACGACGCCGAAGCCUGUUGUUUUCGGUCGCGAUCGAGGUGUCAAGUACUCCCAAGUCCGCAAUAAGAUCUUGAAUCGAAAAGCGACCCGUCUCUCCUUCUCCAGACCCGAGCAUUCCAACGAAUUGGUGUCCCAGAACAAUAAGAAACCCUUCAGAGGUUCCAGAAAGACCAAGAAUUAUGCUCGCAUCAAAUCCAGACCCAAUCGCACCGUGGAAUUCUACACGGGAGAAGGAGAGCAAGAAAGCUCCACUCGACCUCCUCCGACCCGGACGGCCAAACCCGAUGCAUGGAGAGGGAAUUUCAUCAGACCCAGAGGAGGGAGAAGGCGACAAAAGCCUCCAGAAGAGGAUGAGAAGGAGGAGGUCGAAGAAGAAAAAGAAGGAACAGAGCCGAAGAUCGAGGAAGACAAUGAUUCAGAACCUCCAGCGACGACAACUGCCCCAGUGAAACGGCGGAGACCACAAAGACGUCCUCCACCAGAUCGACGACGCACAUCGGUCCCUGCCCAAAACCGAUCAUCACAAGACGAGUCAGAACCGAUUCCAACGACGUCGGCACGUCCAGUCAGACGUCGAACACCCGUGAAGCGCAAGCCUAAUCCACCGCAAGAGCAGGAACUUCAGAGACCUCGAAGAAUUCGAACUCCUCGACCGACAGUUCCGGUCAAGGACGAACCGAUCGAUAGAAUCGAUGGAGGUAAUUCGAUCGGGGGUUCGGAAACUCAGACCAGGCCCGUAACGGCCAUAGCCCCCGACACGCGUACCAAAGAGAAGCCGAGAUUAGACUGGCGACUACAGAAUAGGAAUCUUCGCCGCCUCCAGCCCGCAGCUUCGACGAGAGUGGAGAGCCAUUUCCGUCAAGAAGACACGAGGACGGUGGAGGGUGUGGAGUAUGAAAGGGUCCGAGUAAGUCCUCAACCGAAAUCGCCUCCCGCAUCCACUCCAGGGAAACCCAGAGUGAAUGUUCGGAUCUUUGGGCGACCACCAAGAGGUCGAAUCCCUUCUCAGACCCGGGCCUCGACGACGACGGGAACCAACAGUGUUCCGAAUGCGGAUUUUUCGUUUUCCUCUGAAAGAACUCAACAGAGCCGGCUACGAGUCCGACCUCCAGCGAGUAAUCACGGGGUAAAGCAGAGCAUUUUGCAACAAUUGUACGGCGGCCGCCGACCGGCGAGAGCUCACACGACCGAAGCACCGAUAGAACCUCCAAUCGAAGAGGAACCUCUCGAGAGUCCGAGUCAUCAGGGCUUCACCAUAAAAAACCCUCGAACCGGAAACACGAAAGAAACAGUUUCGGUCCUUGAACAGCCUUCGAGGACUUUCGGGAACAGGAAUCAAGUCGCGACCACGACAGAAACUACCACGACGUCAGAGGCAACGUCGACGUCAAGACAGCCAAACCCAUUCCAGCCUGGGUUCCCUUCGGAUAUUAUUUACGAUGCUUACCCGACUGAAGAAGAAAUUCAAGAAUAUUAUGACGAAGAGUCCCCAGGGGAAACUGAACCUUUGAAGUCGAACCCAGAAGAAGCGCUCGAGGUGAUCGAGAUCAUUCCUCCCCCCGUCCACGUCCCCAAACUCUGCGCUGGAGGACAACCUUGCUGAACCGUCCUGGAGAAGCAACGGAACUGUGAUCGCCCCGAAUCCGUUCGAGUGUGUGACAACAACCUGAAGGGACUCAUGUGAUACAAACGGACUGACUGAAUGUAGUCUUUCGUGUUUUUCUGUGGGAUUGUCGUGUCUUGUGGGUGCUCCUCUUCCUCGUCCUUCCUCGUUCUUCCUCGAUGUAGGACCACCUCCUUCAGUUCGUCGAUCUUAUUGUGUACCAUCAUCAACCGGGAAAUGUGCAGCUUUCAAGCAUCAAAGACUGGUUUGACACACGAUAUUGCUCAAUGAGAUGAGACCUUGCCUUUUUGCAAAAAAAAAAAACUUCUAUAUUGUCCAUGUGUAUUUCCGUCUGUUAAAAAUAAUAGUGUGCUUUUUGUGACCAGCGAUCGUACUAGUAGGUACCGACGCUGAGAUCUCACGAAUAACUGGCCUCGACGAGGCUCUGGAAACUGUCGUUUUCAAAAUAAUAACCUACUCCAAAGAUCUGCCGCUCAGAUAUUUUGUACUGUACAAGCUCCAAUGCGAACAGGAAUAAAGAGGAUUCUUGCCCCAU